AUGCGGAGGAUCAAUUCACUAUACGGACGAAUUGGAAUUCUCAAGAGAGCACUCGAAAAACCUAGGAGCCAAUCUCACACUUUCCUCGCAUAUCUCUCCUUCUCUACAGACGGUGGUUAUGGCGGUGGCGGUGAGUCUCAGCAGACCAAUAGCUCAAGGGUCAAGAUCUUCAAUCGAGAUCUCAAGCGCGAUUGUAAGAAGAGUUUUCCCUCUGCAUCGUGUUUGGGAGGUUCUCUUGGUGCUGUUCAGCGUUUACUACGUACGUGGUCGCGAUUCGUUGCACAGGAUGCUCAAGAAGAUUCUUUAGAUAAAUCCAUCGAGACAUCUUACUUGGUUGGUGAUGAAGAGUUUCCCCCUUAUCAAAGAGAGUUCGGUCGAUUUGAUCAUAAGUUCGUUGGCGCUCCACUGGACAAACGAUCUUCCACGAUCCAUGAUAGAGGUUUUCCCUUUUCGUUGCUUUUGCCUGUGGAGCUGAGAAUAGCAUGCACUUUGGCUCACAUGAAGCGUGAAGGAGGCAUUAGUCCCCGGCUAUCCCCUUUGGCACAGGUGUGUGUGUGA